AUGUAUAGUCUCAUGCUUACCUAUUCACUCGUCUAUGCUACAUAUGUGAGUUUCUGCACCUUUCCGGCAAGGUUGACUCCCCAGAGCACGAUUUUGAGCCGUAAGAUUCGUCGUGUCGAGUCCAAUAGUACUGGCGUGACGGCCGCUGAGAAAACAAACAUAGCCCGAGAGUAG